CUUCUUAUCCCCAAUGGCGGACGCACGUCGACACAUCACUGCUCACUCUGCACUCUCGCGGGAUGGAGCUUGGCCUAGCGCUCCGGCUCGUCGCGCCGCCACCGCUGCUGCCGUGUCUCUCCCGUAGAGCUCUUUCCCUACCACCGGAUUUUGUUUCCUCGCGUGUGCUUCGAGGAAGACGCAUCCAUGCCUCGAGACUGAAGCAUGGAGCUGGGGUUGUGUGCAAUGCGAUUAUGACCUAUUCAGGAGUGGAAGAGGAGGAGAUGGUGGAAGAAGAAAUGGAAGAGGAGGCUGAACCGGCGGUGAGCACAAGGCCGCGCCUGGAGCUCAUCGAGAAGCCGGACCGGAGCCUGGCGCUGCUGGAUGAGUACGAGUCGGAGGAACUGGGCACCUCUCUUUGCGCCAAUCAUCGUAGCGGUUAUGUUGCUGUAUUGGGGAAGCCAAAUGUUGGCAAGAGCACACUUAUUAACCAAAUGGUUGGUCAGAAACUUUCAAUUGUAACAGAUAAACCGCAAACGACAAGACAUCGCAUUCUUGGUAUAUGUUCUGAACCAGAGUACCAGAUUAUACUUUAUGACACUCCUGGUGUUAUUAAAAAGGAGAUGCAUAAGCUGGACAGUAUGAUGAUGAAGAAUGUUAGGAGCGCUAUCGGCAGUGCGGACUGUGUGCUUGUUGUUGCUGAUGCUUGCAAAACUCCUGAAAAGAUUGAUGAAAUGCUUGAAGAAGGUGUUGGAAACAAAGAUAUUGGACUUCCUGUACUGCUGGUAUUGAACAAGAAAGAUCUCAUAAAACCCGGAGAAAUCGCAAAGAAACUUGAGUGGUACCAAAAAUUUACUAAUGUUGAUGAUGUUAUACCAAUAAGUGCUAAAUUUGGUCAUGGAGUGGAUGAUAUCAAGGAGUGGAUAUUGUCAAAGCUCCCUCUGGGUCCUGCUUACUACCCCAAGGAUAUAGCUAGCGAACACCCUGAGAGAUUUUUUGUUGGUGAAAUAGUGAGGGAAAAGAUUUUUGUUCAGUACAGGCAGGAAAUUCCUUAUUCAUGCCAGGUUAAUGUUGUCAGUUACAAAAGUCGGCCUGCUGCCAAGGACUUCAUUCAAGUUGAGAUACUUGUGGAGAAAGAAUCACAAAGAGGCAUUAUACUAGGGAAGGAUGGCAAAAGCAUAAAGAUGCUGGCAACCGCAUCGAGGCUUGACAUCGAGGACUUUCUACAGAAGAAAGUCUACCUUGAGGUGGAGGUCAAAGUGAAGGAAAACUGGCGGCAGGACGAGCGACUCCUGAAGCGGUAUGGCUACGGCGGCGAGAUCCAAGCGCUGUGACUGUGACUGUGACUAUGACCGGUGCGCUCUAGCUCACUGUCAGCUGCCGCGAGCGUGGAAUGACCUGGUUUUUUUUCAAUUCCUCUCGUGUGUUGUUGUUGUCGAUGCGAAUGAGUAGCAGUUAUUUAACCUGGUGUCGAACUCAACUAGCAGCUCAGUUGUGUUAAUUAGUCAGCAAGUUAUGUGCUCUGAUCCUGCUGUUGUUGUCAGCGGAACUGGUUUUGCCGCAGACAAGUCAGCAUGGUUGCGCUCUCUGUAGCAGUCUGUGUGAAUAGAAUCACGGGGGAGUUCAGACAUCAGAGGGACUGAACAGCCGAGCCAAGCCACAAGUGCAUGUACAAGUCGUGUCCUUCGGGCGGCGGCGGGUCCAGGUGGAGGCGCGCCGUGUGCCGGUGCCCUGCGCCGGCCGUCGUGGAUACGGUGUGGCAUAGCGAGCACGACCGGUUGGGGCUGACUGACCGUGGGAGGCGGUGGAGUAUGCUGAUACACGUCGGGUCUGCCGCAGCAUUGACUUGGCUACCUUGAGCAGCUCCUCUGUUGUCCAAACAAAAAAACUCAACUUCUCCACAGACCACAUGACAGCUGGGAUGGUUAACCGAGUGACUGACGUAUUUAUAAGCCGGACCGGCCCUACCGAAUAGCCGCCAUAUGUGUGCACUGCAGAUUUUUUUUAUUUACGUACAUUUUGUCU